CUACCCCGUCGAACCAGAGAAUCCGUUCCAGGAACUGCGAUCCGUGUUGAGAAGCGCUUGAGUCAAGUUCGUGCCUCUCUUGGAUCAGUGCAUUCUGGACAGCAGCAGCAGAAGCAGCACACAAGGAUGGAGUUCGAGUCACAGUCGUUCGGAUGGCAGAGGAUUGAAUCCAUUUUCCGCACAGCCUCCGCCGAUUGAGAAGCUGAAACUGGACGAUGACAAUGAUGUGAAUUCGUUCCCACAUCGACUGCACUGGCUACUGGAGGAAGAAACGCGUUCCAGACGCAGGCAACUUGAGGCGGAUCUGGAUUCCCGAGACCCAGUACAAGAUGCUGCUGGUGCCUCUUCCUCGCCUGCUGAGCGAUCGACUCGCUCAUCAAUGAGGAGUUGAAUUGCAAGAGGGGGCCAGGCUUUGAUCGUAAAAAUUACCUUUGAAGGUUUCGGAGAGAUCAUGGCUGGAGCAAGUUCCGAACUUCGGGCGUACCAAUUUGUGGGAUCACGACAGACGAAAGCUGACCGCCGAAAGUUUUCUCAUCCCCGGCAGUAUGUCACCCUGAUCCUUCUGCCUUACAGAUCGUGUGGAGCUCAUUCUAGUUCAUAUUCUGAACACGUUCACGGGAGAAUGAAAGUUAAUAGUCAAGUGGAAUCCCCACAUCACGCCUUGCAGAUUUUACACAUGCAUGGUCAGAGAGCUAGCUCCUCGAGAACUUCUCGAGACCAGAAAUCCUCUCGGUUAUGAAUGCUGCGAAGAUAGUCUGAUGGUAUUCGGGAAUCGAAUUAACCAGCAUCCAAAGGCAGUGGAGCGUGCGAUGGUUUAGCUCGAUCAAAUGCUGGGCACCGGAAUUCAAGCGGUGAAACUAAUUAUCCAGCGAGGCGGUACAAUACUGGAGGAAUCAGGCCAAUCUAGAGCAUUUGUGCUGGAGAUUUCAGGAGGAG